ACCUGUUCCAGCAGAUUCUAGUCGUAAGAAGGUAACUACUUGAGCUCUCUCGGAUCCAUUCGGUGAAGAACUCAUGUGGAAUUCGGAUACUAUUCUGCAAUGCUGUCAGCACCGCGAAAACAACAUCGAAAGGUCCGAACUGGUUGUCGGACAUGCAAGCUUCGGCGCGUCAAAUGCGACGAAACUUUCCCAGUAUGCCGGAAAUGCUCGAAAUUGGGUCAAAUAUGCGACGGGUAUGGGGUUUGGGGCGGUGGAGGUGCUAUUGAAGGCGCAGCCAACGGAGAUACGAAGCAUUCGACACCGUUAGCUACUCGACUCGCCCAUACGACGAUAGCGAACACUAUUCAUCGUAGCACAAUAUCGACCUCAGGACUGCGUGUCACAUCCGAAGAGCAAAUCUAUCUUCAAUGGUUCAUACAUGGCACCGCAACAACACCGCCGCGCAUUUUCAAUUCUCCGUUCUGGGACCCCAUGAUCCUGCAAGCUACAGCCAAUGAGCCGAUGAUACUACAAGCACUUCUUGCUUUGAGCGCUGCUCAUAAGAGACAUGUGCUCGAUCCAGAAAAUCGUGCACGGGAUGGACUGCCGCCCGACCCUCUUGAAACUUUCCUCCUGAAACAUUAUGGAAGUGCUCUCAGAGGUCUACAGAGUCAUCUUGAUGGCAAGGAGGAGACCUCGAAAUCCAAGUGGUUCAUUGCAGCCACCAUGUGCUCCAUUUUCGUUCUACUAAACCUCCUACGUGGCCGGUUCCAGGAAGCUUCAGUCCAUCUCAAGACUGGCGCGCACAUUGCGAAGCGACUUAUUCAGGAUCCUGGCGCACCAGGACAAGAUUCAAUACUGACCCAGUUCUUUACUCGACUCCAGUACCAGACCGCGCACUUUUGGUCCAAUUCACGCUUCAAAGCAGUCGAUCAUUUCACCUUCUCUACUGCAGAGCUCCGCUUUGCUUCGCCUACAGAAGCCGGGCAAUACCUGGACGACCUCGUCGAGCAAAUAGCAUAUCUCGCGCAGCAGACAAGGCAGAUGCCCAAGUCUGCGACAGCGUCCGUCGCGAUGCAUCACGAGGUAUGCCAUUAUUUGCUUUCAUGCUUUGAGUCGUGGUGGAGCGCAUGCAACGCAACCACAGCAGAGCUUGGCUUGAAUCUUACACCGACUGACGCGGCUGCGUACGAAGCGCUGCGACUACGAUACAAGGUAUCGAAAGGCAUCGCAGAGGCGUGCAUCGGACCCAAUUAUACUGUCGAAGUCAAAUACCUAGCACAAUCUACAGCAAGAGUUCAGCAGCGCAGGGUUCUGCCUGAAACACUCGAAGGUGGUCAAUCUUAGGAGUUCUCAGAUCACCACCAGCUGUACAAUACGGCAUUGUUCGGUGCAUCGAUAAUGUUCAGUCGGGGGCGAGGCAUUGUUCCUACUCGCAAGUAACGGGAAGGAUCAGGGUCCCGGUACCAAUUGCCAGGAACC